AUGGAUCACUGUAAAGAUUUUAUAAAAACCGAAUUUCCCUCUAUCGAUAUAGAGAUGUUUCAAUACAUAGAAGGUGUUCUACAAAAUGGAAUUGAAGACUUCCAUGAUUCUGAAGACAUAUUUGAAGCAAUUGGUGAAGUAUUACAGGAAAUAGCAAAUAAGUCCGAAUCAGAUAUCAGAGGAAUCUGUUCGAAAUUAUUACAUUUCAUGCGUCCUCAUUCUAAUGACAAUGUAAUCAGAAAUGGCCAUACAAAAAUUCUGGAUGCCCCAGUGCAUUUGGCUUCAAUGGCAGCAGAUCUAGAAGAUAACGAUAUGGAAAUCAAAAGUAUAUGGGUGAAUUCAAGGGAUGAUAGUCUGAAAGUGGACAAAAAAAAACUGGAAAAAGCUCAAGCAAAAUUGCAACAAAAACAAGAUAAACGGACUGAGCAAGUUGUUAAAGGUGUAGGAACUAUGAGUGUAGUAAAUAGUAAAAUGGAUGCUGCAACUGCUUCUCAAGUAACGAGUAAAAAGGAAGCAAAACUGGAAGCUAAGGGAAAUAAUCGAGCCACAGAUAUAAGGAUAGAAAAUUUCGACGUUGCAUAUGGAGAAAGGAUAUUACUACAGAAUACAGAUGUAACUUUAGCAUGUGGUAGAAGAUACGGUUUAGUUGGAAGAAAUGGACUUGGCAAAACUACACUAUUAAGAAUGAUUUCAGGUGGUCAGUUGCGAAUCCCAUCUCAUAUAUCAAUACUCCAUGUUGAACAAGAAGUUGUUGGUGAUGAUACACCUGCUUUAGAAUCUGUACUGGAGUGUGAUUUUGUUCGUCAUGGUUUGUUAACUAGAGAAAAAGAAAUCAACACAUUAAUCAAUAAUGGGUCUACGGCUAGUGCUGAAUUAUCUUCAGAAUUAAGUGAAAUAUAUAUGCAGUUAAGUGCCAUAGAAGCUGAUAAAGCCCCUGCUCGUGCAAGUGUCAUACUUGAUGGUUUGGGUUUCAACCCGGAUAUGCAAAAAAAAGCUACUAAACAUUUUUCUGGAGGAUGGCGUAUGCGUUUAGCCCUUGCAAGAGCACUUUUUUCAAAGCCAGAUUUAUUAUUACUGGAUGAACCUACGAACAUGUUGGAUAUGAAAGCAAUUAUAUGGUUAGAAAAUUAUUUACAAACUUGGCAAAGUACAUUACUAGUAGUAUCUCACGAUCGUCAUUUCUUAGAUACUGUACCUACUGACAUAUUACAUCUUCAUUCACAACGCAUUGAUACGUACCGAGGUAACUAUGAAAUUUUUGAGAAAACCAAAAACGAGAAGCUUAAAAAUCAACAACGAGAAAUUGAAGCGCAAAUGGCUCAUAGAGCUCAUGUUCAAGAGUUUAUUGAUAGAUUUAGGUACAAUGCUAACCGUGCUUCCAGUGUCCAGAGUAAAAUUAAAAUGCUUGAAAAAUUACCAGAAUUAAAACCUAUUGAGAAAGAAGUAGAAGUUGUAUUACGAUUUCCAGAAACAGAAGGGUUGUCACCUCCCAUAUUACAACUUGAUGAUAUUUCAUUUGCCUAUCCUGGUUGUAAUAAUGUUUUGCAAAAUGUUAACCUUGGGGCUACAUUAGAAUCCAGAAUUUGUAUUGUGGGUGAUAACGGAGCUGGUAAAACAACAUUAUUGAAAAUUAUUAUGGGCAUUUUAAAUACAACAGCCGGUGUUAGAAAUGUACAUCGAAGUUUGAAGUUUGGUUAUUUUAGUCAGCACCAUGUUGAUCAACUGGAAAUGAACCUUUCUUCCGUGGAACUAUUACAAUCUUCAUUUCCAGGUAAAACCAUUGAAGAAUAUAGACGUCAAUUAGGAGGUUUUGGUAUAUCAGGUGAUUUGGCAUUACAAAGCGUUGGCAGUUUAUCUGGAGGUCAGAAAUCGAGAGUAGCUUUUGCAAGGAUGUGCAUGUCUAAUCCUAAUUUCCUAGUACUUGACGAACCUACCAAUCAUUUAGAUAUUGAAACAAUUGAAGCUCUAGGCAAAGCUAUUCAAAAAUAUACAGGCGGUUUAAUACUUGUAUCUCACGACGAACGCUUAAUACGUAUGGUUUGUAAAGAACUAUGGGUUUGCGGUGGUGGAAGUGUCAAGAGCAUUGAAGGUGGCUUUAAUGAGUACAGAACCAUUGUAGAACGUGAACUUGCAGAAGCAGCCAAAUAG